CUAGAUGGCGCUAAACAGCCAUUACUAAAAUGGUGUGUUGCCAUAGCAAGCAAUAAAAAAGAUGAUCGCACGGACGGCGCAUUUCAACUCGUUUCGUUUUGAGAUCAAGCCAACGGCAGAUUCCGUUAGAUGCGGUUAUUCUUUGAAUCUAUUUCCUUUCUUAGUCUUUUAUCUUGCCGCUAUCUCUAAUUGUGAUUUUGUGAAUUGUCAUUCUUCUGGAGGUUUACUUUUUAAGAUAUCGUGGCAAUUAUCAGCUCUUCGAUCCAAUUUUUCCCUUCAGAUAAAUUUUCCAAACCGGCUAUAGAUUUCACGUGGUUUUAGAUUGAUCGGAAAUAUGUGACUUUUCGUCCGCGCAAAUUGAUUCUCUUAUCGAAAAUCAUUCAUUUAAAAUUAUCAGCAAAAGUUACUAUAACUUUGAUUUCGUCAUUCAUAUUUGCAAAAGAAAGGUGCCCGAUAUGCACUAAUGGACAUUGAAUAUGAAAUCAUUAAAGGCUGCUGAACUUGCAGUUAAAAUGGAGUUUAAAGGUUUAGUCGAAUAAAAAUUCGUAAAUUAAAUCGAAAUGAUUUAAUCAGGGUUCGUUAACUUUUAGCGAACUAUUAAGUGCAGAAAUCAAGUCAUGAAACUUAACACAUUUGGAUUACGUUUAGACAAAGAUUUUGUGACUUUGCUUUUCAAGGUGCUCGCUUGGAAUACAUUUGCACUAGAUAAUCGAUAAAGGAUGUCUAGGCAAAAUCGUGCUGCCCCACCGGCAUCUACAGCGUCAACAAGUGGGGCUACAGGUGGGGCAGGUACUGGUAUACCAGUACCUGUGGUGCAGCAGGCGCAACAGUACCUUGAAGAAAAUAUCAAAGCUUGGAUGGAGCCACCUCCAAAUACGCAACAAAGCAGAGAAGAAAUUUUGCCUCUUCCACUGGCCAAUCCAGCAGCUCCAGCCGAACCUCACAGUGCCUCAUACCAUCCCCACUCUAGCCACGCGAGAGUGCCAAGCACAAGUUCGUCCACAACUUCUGCAGCUGCACCAAAUAUAAGUCGCCAUGUGCCACCACGCGUGCCACCUCUGACGUCGCCAUCCAGCGGUUACAGUGAGCACAGUGACCCGUACUUUGCACUGAGUGCCCACGACAGAGCUUUGAUUCUGGCAUCUUCCAAGAAUUUCCCUCAUUCGCUCUCCUUCGGAGGAUGCUCACAGCAUUCUUUGUUGCAAGAGACGUCAUACAGCACCCCUUGUGGGAACGCAGCAUUUGGAAUUACACAGCCUUCAGCUGCUGCGUCCUUUUUUGCAAGGGCUGCCCAACGACUGAAUCUAUCGGCGAAAAAGAAGAAACGAGAUCCCGAGCGGCCGGUGUUUCGAACAAGCUUCAGGGAUGUCAUUAAGACGCAUCCACCGCCAGUACCCCCGGGACUACUCAGGAUAACUGGACGCAAAGAAGUGACCGGCGUGGGAAAGGUGAAAGUAAUGCUUCGAAUGUGUCCAUCAAGUGAGUCGGGGUCUGUUGAUGCUUCCUACAUGUCCAUGGACAGCAGGAAAAAGCAAGUAACGCUGUACGACCCCACCGUCUGCGGGCAGGAAACAUCGGGUGAAAGACACGCUGGCGUUGCUGCCCCAAAAAUGUUUGCAUUCGAUGCUGUUUUCUCCCCUGAUGACAAUCAAGCUGAGGUGUGUUCGAGCUCUCUUUGUGACGUCAUCAGUUCCGUCGUAGGUGGAUCUGACGGCUGUCUGUUCGUGUACGGCCACUCAAAGCUAGGUAAAACGAACACAAUGAUUGGGAAUAGCAAUUUAGCUCAAGAACUCGGUGUGAUACCAAGCGCCAUCUGGUGGUUGUUUCGUGCUAUCAACGAACACAAGCACAGGACGGGUGCUCGAUUCUCAGUACGUGUAUCAGCAGUCGAAGUGUCUGGAAAAGUUGAAGAAUUACGAGAUCUACUGGCAGACUAUGCAGCAGGUACUGAGGGGAGUGGAGCAUCCCCAGGGGUGUACUUGAGAGACGACCCCAUUUUCGGAUCCCAGCUCAUGAACCAGAGCGAGCUCAGAGCACCGACCGCUGAUAGAGCUGCCUUCCUGCUGGACGCUGCACUUGCUGCCCGGACGUCAGAAACAGAAGAAGAUGCUAGAAAUGCACAUUUUUUAUUCACUCUCCAUGUUUACCAAUACAGAGUAGAAAAAGGUGGACGCGGAGGUGUUGCUGGAGGUCGCAGUAGACUUCAUCUCUUUGAUCUGGGUAGCUGUGAAAAGACAAGCAAAUCCAGAGAAGGUGGAUCAAAUGGAUGUUUGUCAUUGUCAGCAUUAGGAAAUGUGAUCCUAGCACUAUUUAAUGGUCAGAAACACGUGCCUUACAAGGACAGCAAAUUGACGCAAUUGUUACGAGAAGCCAUGGGUAGCGUCAUGUGCAGGGUAGCUAUGAUUGCCCAUGUCUCAACAUCUCCAUCUCGUUAUCCUGAGACACUGGCAACUCUGCAACUAGCAUCAAGGAUUCAUAGGUUGCGAAGAAAGAAACUAAAGUUUGCCCCAACAUCCGAAUUAGGUCCUAUAGGGGAUGAGAAAGGUGUCUGUAGACCAUUUGUUCGAAUCCAUGCUGUUGGUGAGGACGGCGUUGUUAAAUCUGGCAGCAGUGAUCCAGAUUAUACAUCAAGCAGUGAACAAUCAUGUGAAACUGUGAUUUUUGUCGGUUCCGCUCGAAAUAGCCCCCUUUCAGGGGGUAUCUGUGAUAGACGUGGCAACCAGCCUAUAUCUCCUCUAGCCAAAGAAACUCAAAACACAUCCACAAGUUCACCUGGUACAUCUUCGCGAAAACAACUUACUAAAUUACACUUGCCAAGUCACAACUUGGAAAAAACCGUGGCUGGUGGGGUAAGUGGUAACACUGCUUCAACGAGUAAAGAUCCAAAAAGUGAACAUUCUCUUAAAAGUGCCUUAAAUGAAUCAGUAAAAAGCAGCUGUGCUGCAUCCCCAAAGAAAAAAUCCGUGUCUUCUUCACCUUAUGCUUCACCAAAACACAAGUCCAGUGACACUGAUAGCCCUAAAUUAUCCUCAAAAAUCAGCAAGUACGUCAUGAUGGAUUUCAGUGCCGAUGGUAAGAAGAGCAAAGGUUCGACAGACUCUUUAAAUAAAAGCUCAUCUAGCCGAAUUUCAAAACCUACCAUUCCAGAAGUGCAUCAGAAAUCUGUACCGGUGCAUGCAAGUACUUUGACUGGGAGUCCUCAAUCUCAGCGCAAAUCAAAACGCUCACACAAACAAGAUGCUACUGCGCAGCAACAAUUGUACAUGCAGCAGCAGCAAAUUCAGGCCGAAAAUGCCAUGAAGUUACUUAUGAAAGAACCUAAACCUACAAGUGAUGAAACGUGGAUAGAUGGACCGAGAUUUACGAAGCCAAAGUUUGAUUCUAGAACACUUCACCAGCUACAGAAAGAAAAAUGGGUAGAUGGACCUGGAAUGUAUGGUUAUAUGGAUGUCCAAAAAGAAACUAUGAUCAGAAAAUGGGUUGAAGAUCAUUCAAGAGUCAUGCCGGAGUCCGAGUCAAGAAAAGAAGUAUGGAUUGAUCGGCCUCCAGGUAGAUCUGAAAAGACAAAGCAUGGCAGCCCGCAUCUAUCGGAGAAGCACAGAAAGACCAAAGCAAGUGAACCCAUUUUACAUGGCUCGCAUACUGAUAUUGAUAAGCAUCAUUAUGCCAAACCAUCGUCGUUAGCUCUAAAAGAUUCUCAUACUUCUGAUAUGAAGAAGGAAUUGCCUCAAAAAGAAGAGGUCGAGGCUAAGAAAAAUAAGCUUGGUUCACAAAUUGUUUCCGAUUUAGAAAAUUCUAUCAAUGGCAAUCUAAGUGAGCUGAUUGGACAUACGGACCAUGGCAGCUCACUAUCUUCCUCAAGUUCAGUUGAUUUCAACGAAAACAAUAGCGAAGAUAGAGGCCAAUAUUCUUUAUCUGAAGAUAAUAUAUCGCUUUCGAACACUAACAUUGAAGAUAAGGAUGGUUGCUUGUACCUUAAUGAUAAUUUAACGGAAAACGUUGCAAUGGCUGACUCCAGUAUACAAGUUACUGAAGAAGACAUCUUCAAAAGUUGUGGUUGGCCGAAAGAAAGUAUGGUUGACAAUCAUCACUUCAGCGACACAGACAGCUUUGAAGGCAUUGAACAUCCGUUGCAUGCAUUAAGUGCUGACGACUUAAAUCUGGCUUCUUCAUUUACAGACUCUAGAGCUGUAAGUGUUGACUUUGAUAGUCAAAGUGUUCCAGAAGGCUGGGCUACAGAUAGUCAUAAUUUAGAUGAAAAUCUGACGUGGAACUUGUUGAGAGAAGGACCACUUCCUCAUGCUUCACGUUUAGGACAAACAAAAAACCAAAACUCUAACGAUGAUUUAAGAACUAAAAAUAAUAUGUUAGCUUCUAAACUAGAGAGAUUAGCAAAUCUUAGAAAAAUGAUAGAGAAAACUUCUAGCAAUCAAGAAAUAUGGAAAGCUCCCCUAACGCAUCAAGUACUUAGUAAUUUUUAUGGUGCUGAUAAUCGCUUUCCAUUUGUGACAAAACUUCACCAUAGUGCAGACUCAAGCUUAGAAGAACUUAGAGAAAACGAUGUAAAUAGUAUACAAAGUGAACCAGCUGAAUUAGACAUUGAAAAUUUUGAUUUUCAGUUUAACGUUAAGCCAAUGAAUGGACUUCGAUUAGAAGCUUUUUAUAAUAAAAUACAAAAAGUUCCUCUUUUCCCAGACUGCAUUUCUCAGUUUGGGAAACCAACACAAAUUGUUCCUCCUACAGUUAAACAAACAAAGUAUGUAAAAAUUCCAGUUGAAGAGUUUAACUCCCUAAAGUCUUUGGAGAGAGAGACUUUGGCAAGAAAAAAUAACGAAAGCCCGCCAAUCAUACCUAAGCACAGAUGGAGUACGUCAUCUGGGAGAUUAGACGAUCAUAAAGAAUCUUCUGAUUCACAUGCUGUAAAAAGUAACCCAGCUGAUGUCCUCAUCAGGACAUCAAGAGAAAACAUUGCAUCUACCGAAAGAUGUGUUUCAAAAAGUGUUUCAGAUUCAAUACAAAACAAUGUGUCCACUUCUUCAGAGAAAAUACAUUCCUUAACCGAAAUUAUCCAAGAACAAAGGUGCCGUGUGUAUAGUGAGGGUCCAUCUUUGAGCCCCGUACCAUUUCAUUCCACAAAAUACUUUUCUCAAAGGACUUCUAAAUCUAAAAUUAUCUCGGAGCAAUCUACUUACAUCGGAAAAUCAACUGAGAUGCUGGAACAAAGGCACGAGUUUGCUCUAGUUAAGCAACACCAACGGAAAAAAGGUAGUCCUAAACUACCUCCUCGAGGUUUGCUUAACCAUCGAGGUAGUCCCAGUAAACAAAGUAAACAACAUGUGCAAUGUAGUUCAAACAAUGGUGCGGAGGCAGUUGGUGGACCUUAUGCUUCGGGGGAGUCUCCUGACGGACAAAAAUCGCAAAUUCUCAUUCGAAGUACAUCAACACCUACAAACCCAGUCAGCAACAACAUUCCGUCAACGCGAUCAGACGCUAUAGUGUGUGCUGAAUCUUACUCAUACUUGUCAGGAGCUCCAUCUGUUGUUACAACUUCCCUAACACCAACUAGUGCGCUUUCAAAAAAGGAAGCUAAAUGGGCUGCUAGGCAUUCUAGCAGUGGCCAUGGAAGUGACAGUAGCGUUAUUAGUGCGGACAUUAAGGAAACUAAAGAGCUAUUAGGAAAACUGGCCAAAACUCCUCAGUUUUCCGGAACGAGUAGUGGUUAUGAAAGCAUGCCCCGUGAUAGUGAAGGUACCCCAUUGUCUUCGUCUAGUCAAGAAUCCGGGAGUGAAGUUGGGAAUAGGAAAGAAGCUAGAGGACGGAAAGGAACGCGGAAAAAAACUCAGGGUUCAAGCAAAAGAAGCCGUUCUGUUCCAGCUAGACCUCCCGUAACAGGCAGUCCUACCUGGCAUCAGCAGCAACAACAACAGCAGCAACUACUACCAAUCACGAGGCAACAAAUGCGGGGUCGACUGGUUCGAGACCUGCACGAUCCUUCCUUGUGGAAAUCAGAAGAGGAUGUAUGCUGUACGAGUCUGUUAUGUUGUCGAUUAUUGGACUUUUAUGGCAACUAAUAUCUACCUCUUCGAAUGAUAGACUUUAAGAUCGAAGAUCGCGUGUUUUCUGCAACUGAUUCAACAAAAGGAACGCGUGCAUGAAUGAAAUAGAAUAAAUUUUAAUGCUUUUAUGAACAAUAAAAAUUUUUAAU